CGCGGGCGGUUCCCGCCGGUCGGGGCAGCAGGACCGGGACGCGCUGGAGUUGCCAUCUUCCCCUUCCCCCGCUGGAGCCGCGUCUGGGCCCUGUGGGAUGGCCGUGGGGGGCUGACGGCGCCGCCCCUCGGCCGCGCUGACAGCUCCUAGGCCGGGGCACCGAGGGGGCUGGAGGGACCGGGCUUCCCAGGAUGGACAGCGCGUGCGAGGGCUCCAUCAGGGAGUGCUCGGAGCAGCCGUCCUUCGAGGAGAAAACAGGGGAGCCCCAAGCAUCCCCCAAGGCAAAGCUGCCGCUGGGCAUCCUCUUCUCCACGCUUUUGUUCUGCGGCGAGUCGGUGGCGGCCGGAAUCCUGUGCUUCUCUUACAGCCACUCCGACGACCGCUUCUGGCUGACGCUGACCAUCUUCUUCAUGGUGUGUCCGUCCAUCCUGGUCCAGCUGACGCUUAUUUUUAUUCACCGGGAUUUGACCAGUGACAAGCCACUGAUCCUCCUGAUGCACCUUCUUCAACUGGGGCCUGUCAUCAGGUGUGUGGAAGCCCUGGUGGUUUACUGCACCUCAGGGCAGGAGGAGGAGCCUUAUGUCACCAUCACACGUAAGAAGAAACUCAAGAAAGGCUACGAGGUGGAGAUGGAGCAGGAGGUCGGCCACACAGUCCGCAGGCUGGUCACACAUCGCAAUGCCUUCAAGCGUGUUGCAGUGAUCCAGGCCUUCCUGGGCUCCACCCCACAGCUCACACUGCAGCUCUACAUCAGCAUCAUCGAGAAAUAUGUUCCUAUUGCCAGAGCCGUCCUGAUGGGCAUCUGUCUGGUGUCAGUCACCUAUGGGGCACUGGUCUGCAACGUUUUGGCCAUCCAGAUCAAGUAUGAUGACUACAAGGUCCACCUGCGGCCCCUGGCGUUCCUCUGCAUUGUCUUGUGGCGCAGCCUGGAGAUCUCUACCCGUGUGGCUGUCCUCGUGCUCUUCUGCACUGUCUUCAAGCACUGGAUUAUCCCCAUAGCCUUAGCCAACCUGCUGGUUGUCUUCUUCCUGCCAUGGGUACAGUUCUGGCGGAGCGGCACGCAGUUGCCCGACAACAUCGAGAAGAACUUCAGCCGGGUGGGCACUGUGGUGGUGCUGUGUUCCGUUACUCUGCUCUAUGCUGGCAUCAACAUAUUCUGCUGGUCAGCUGUACAGUUGAAGCUGGCUGACAGGGACCUUAUAGACAAGUCACAGAACUGGGGCCGCCUGGCCCUGUACUACAGUGUGCGGCUGGUGGAGAAUGCCAUCCUGCUUGUCCUCUGGUACCUCUUCAAGACAGAUGUGUAUGAGUACAUCUGUGCCCCACUACUGGUGUUGCAGCUGUUGGUGGGCUACUGUCUAGCUAUCUGCUUCAUGCUCUUCUUCUUCCAGUACCUGCACCCAUGCCGCCAGCUCUUCAGGCGUAAUGUCUCAGACUUUCUGCAAUGUGUCUGUUGCCAGAAAAUGGUGUUGGCGGAGCCUGCAAAUCUUGAAACCCCGUAUGAGCCUGGUGUGAGGCACAGCAUUGUUUGAUGUGCUCAGCAGAGGAAAGAUUCAAGCCCAUGACCUGUGCUGAGGAUAGUGACUGAGGUGCAGUGCUAGCUAGGUGUCUAGCUGUGAUGUGCCUGUUUACAGACAAUGUUGGGGGAGGAGAGUGUUGGCAAACAUUUAGCAAUGCCGUGCUUUGUGAGGAGGAUGGUCGUCAGGCUAGGUCCAAGGACCCUCACAGCUAACCAUUUGCACAAGGUGAGCUAAGCUGAAUUCAGGCAGAAUUGCCCUGGGCUGCCUCUGCUGCAGUGCUCUGUGUUCUGAACUCACUGGGGCCUGUGAUCAAGUGUUGGCUGUGCCCUGGGGAUGGCUGUGUGGAAGAGAGAGGAGAAUCCUGUGUCUUCAUGCUCUUCCUCUAGACAGUAGCUUUUUACUGAGAGGGACAAAUGUGGUCUUUGUUGUGACAUCCAUACUCAAUGACUAACAUACAUGCACAUCCAAACCCCUCAAGAAAACCUCUCUUGGGACAGGAGGCCAGUUGCUGUGAAAGUUGCUCUUCCAGAGCUUGUUCCCCACUAGCACCCUCCAUCAAGCACUAAUUACCACCAAAAUGGGUGCCUGCACUGCAGUGGAGCUUUGCAGCUCUAUGUAAGUCCAUGCAUCCCUAGACACCACCACAGCCCCAUGCCUGUGCUUGGCACUACACUUCUCAGCUCCACAUUGGCGGAAGGGAAGCCCUUCAAGAUCAUAACCCGCCCCAGCCCAUGGUGCUGUCUUACUGGUUAUUACUGUAUAGUUGUUAACCUCCAAAAGGAUGAAUCUUGAAGUUGAGGUGGUGGUAAAUGUUUUGUGUUGGUUUUAAAGGAACUGAUGUCACUG